AAGAGGUGGCGGCCAAUGGGGCGACCAAUAUCUCUAAUUUGAUGUCACACAUGUACCGCAAUUACUCGGCCAAUGUUUUGUCCAUGUUUACCGAUCCCAACGCUUCCGUAUCGCUUCCGGUGGAGGAUUCGCCGUUAACGCCGCUCACAGACAAUACCACAGCGAAUAUAAAACAAGAACCGCUGGCCGUCGACGCAGACGAAGAGUUCAUCGGCUACGGUAUGGACUUUGAUGACGACGGCGAUGGCGGUGAAGUCGAUGCCGGUGAUGGCGAUGAAGACAUGCAAAACAGUAGUUCCCAAAUGGAGAACCACUACCCGGCGUUCAACUUCAUGACCGCCUACAACGAGAUGAUUGCCAUCAACGGCGGGACGGGUGGCUCGACGCCCACCAAUUCGACCACUGGUGGUGCCAUCGAUUACGACUACCUAUUGGCCCAAUCGUCGUCGGCCAACGCGGCCGCCGUGGCCUCGGCAUCGGCUACAGCGGCGGCGCCGCCCCCGGGGAGACCGCCCCCCAAACCCAGGGGUCGACCGCCGCCAGCGGUGGACUUGUAUCCAUUCAAGUGCCAGUACUGUACGAAGAAGUUCCGCGAUAGGGCCCGACUUCGGGUUCACAUCACCAAAGAUCACAAUUUGCCGGCCUUUGAGUGCGAACACUGCCACUGGAAGGGCCACAACAUUAUGGCCCUGAAUACGCAUAAACUAAUGCACGCGUAA